CUUCGAGAGAGAGAUGUCUGCGAUGUUGUCUCUCUCGCCGCGGCCUAUUGGUGUGUCUGGCAUCCAGCAGGGUUGCCAACAUCAGCCAACCUUUUGGGGCGAAUGCGUGUUGUCAAGAUUCGCCACAAGAAUAUCCCCCCUAAUGAUAGGGGGGAUGUUCUGUGGCUUAUUUCACUCUAUAAAUCUAAGCAUUAUCAUUUUGUUGUUGAUAUUUCAAAAUAUUUAUGUGUUACGUUAUUGAUUCGAUAGAGAUAUGAUCUCAUUCCACCUUUUAAUAGGGGUAGUUUUGAUUUUACCAUCAUUGUCUCUGUUACCUCCUGAUGAUAGUAGCUGCACUAAUGAAUGCUUCCAUCAGUCAUCAAAAGCAUGUCCACCACCCGAGAGUAGUUGCAGGUGUCGUUUACUCACGAAUUGUCAGAAAGCCGCAGUGUGUUGUGAUGUAAAUCAAAUUACUCUUAAACAGGGAUUAGCCUGUUCCAAUAUUACUUAUAGAAAAAUUGAAUCACUCCAUAUUAGGAAUGCAGCACUGGAUUCUUUUAACUUAAGUGUGUUCCAACCUAUAUGGAGACUUCUCCGUUAUAUGACGAUUACAAAUGGAAAUAUACGUAGAAUAGACGGCGAAUUUGCAAAACACAGUAAUAUAUCCUGUCUAAACUUGUCCUCUAAUCAUAUCAAUUCAAUAGAAGAGAGAGCAUUGGGGUCAUUAUAUAAUCUGGGCAUUUUGGAUUUGUCACAUAAUAAUUUAACAAAAGUACCGAGUGUCAGGAAAGGAACGCUGAUACUGGACAUAUCAAAUAAUGCAAACCUCAUUUGCUCAGAAUUAAAUACACUGUCUAAUCGCUCUGAGAUUAUAUUUCAUCACGAGAACGACACAUUUUGCAUUACUUCUAAGGAUUUUGUCUGGUUUCGAACAGCGGAAAAAAUACCAUUCUCUCAAGUUAAAGCCGUUCACGAAUUACAGAAAAAUUGUCACGAAAAUUGUACCUGUUCGACUUAUAGACUGAACCUAUCUCAAGGAAAGCUUCCGGCGUUUGAAGUCGCCAUAAACUGUUCAAAUAAAGAAUUUCUCUCUUUACCAGUACCUCUACCUGAUAACACAAUAUCCUUGGAUGUAAGCAAUAACAAUAUAUCCUCUAUUAAGGAACUAAGUGAUCCAUCCUAUCAAAAUCUGAGACAUUUUAUAGCGGAUAAUAAUAAAAUAUCCUCAAUUCAACCCUUAGAAGGUACCAAAUUCAUUAGUAAUUUUGAUACAUUAAGCUUGCAAUGGAAUGGGAUUAAAGUAUUGGAGACGUAUGUAUUGGAUAAUAUUCAGUUUGAAAGAAAUUAUAAUCAACGGAGAGUUAAACUAGGAUUCAAUAAAUUGCAGUGCGACUGUAAUACCAUGAAGCUCAAGGUGUGGUUAUUGUCAAAAAUUAGUCAUAUUCCUGAUUAUGAUGACAUAAAGUGUUAUAACAUGAAUGUUAAAGUAAUUGAAUUAGAUGCAGCUAAAAUGUGUCAAAGCCCCCAAGACUGGACUGAUUAUAUAUACUAUAUCAUAACAGCGGAAGUUUUGCUGUUAGUUGGUAAGAUCGACCUUCCUUCCAUACAUAUAAUAAAAUUUCAACCAUUUUACUUAAUAAUUUUAGGUUUAAUUGCAAAAGUAUCUUAUGACUAUUGGGUAUUCAAAACAGCAGGAUAUUUACCUUGGCCUGCUAAUAAAAUGCCUCGAUUGCCAUGCGAUUGGUUGUGCGAAUAAAGACCGGUACAUCACCAUCACGUUCAAUUGAUAGAAAUUUUAUAUUUUAGGUUUAACAAAUAAUGAAAAACUGAAAUCUGUUAAAUAAAUUUAAGCGGCUAUUUAACUAGGCACAAUAUUUUUGUAUAUGUAGCACGUCAGUCCGAACCUACAAGCUUUUCUUUGUUAAUAAACUGAAUAAAGGGGUGUUAUUUCACCAUGUAGUGUAA